AUUAUUUUUGCUACCUGUGUUUUGGACAUGAUCUGAUGGACAAGAAGCUCUCCAUCCCCAAGGCUUCCAGCUUUACUUUGGGUAUUUUUUUAACCGGAUACCUCAUUUUUUUUGGCAAGGUCCAACAUCAUUCCUAGCUAAAAAAAAGAAAAAAAAAAAAAAAGAAACCCCCCACCCCUCAAUCUCCAGAUCCCAUCACCCCAAUCCAGAAGAUUGUCGGAUGUCUAUAGAAUGAAGAACUAUGGGUCUGUUUGAUAGAGGUGUUCAGAUGCUUUUAACCACUGUGGGGGCAUUUGCAGCAUUUAGUUUGAUGACAAUUGCUGUUGGUACAGACUACUGGCUAUACUCUAGAGGGGUCUGCAAGAGCAAAUCCAUAAGCGAAAAUGAAACAAGCAAAAAGAAUGAAGAAGUCAUGACCCAUUCUGGAUUGUGGAGAACAUGUUGCCUUGAAGGUAAUUUUAAGGGCGUGUGCAAACAGAUCGACCACUUUCCGGAGGAUGCAGAUUAUGAAGCAGACACUGCCGAAUAUUUCCUCCGGGCUGUGAGGGCUUCCAGUAUAUUUCCUAUCCUCAGCGUGAUCCUGCUCUUCAUGGGAGGGCUUUGCAUUGCAGCUAGCGAGUUCUACAAGACUCGACACAACAUCAUACUGAGUGCUGGCAUCUUCUUUGUGUCCGCAGGUUUGAGCAACAUCAUUGGAAUCAUUGUCUACAUAUCAGCCAAUGCUGGUGACCCUUCCAAGAGCGACUCCAAGAAAAACAGCUAUUCGUAUGGUUGGUCUUUCUAUUUUGGGGCCCUCUCCUUCAUCAUUGCAGAAAUGGUGGGGGUGCUGGCUGUUCACAUGUUCAUUGACCGCCACAAACAGCUGAGAGCGACAGCACGGGCCACGGACUACCUCCAGUCCUCUGCUAUCACCCGCAUCCCAAGCUAUCGUUAUCGUUAUCAGAGGCGCAGUCGCUCAAGCUCCCGGUCCACGGAGCCAUCUCACUCUCGUGAUGCCUCUCCUGUGGGGCUAAAGGGCUUCAACACCCUCCCCUCCACUGAAAUAUCCAUGUACACGCUGAGUCGCGAUCCCCUCAAGUCAGCUGGGACCCCCACGGCCACUUAUAACUCGGAUAACAGCUUCCUACAAGUUCAUAACUGUAUACCCAAAGAUAACAAGGACUCUGCGCACACCAACACAGCCAACCGCAGGACCACCCCAGUAUGAAAAUGUAUUGAGGAAGAACACAAGAGAGACACAGAGGGAAAGAGAGGAAAGGGUCAGAAAGAUAUAGUGGGGUCAAUAUAAAAGGAUCUGUGUAUCACGCUUUUAGCUGUGAAAUAAUCUUCAGAAGAGGCCCCAUUUUGGAGUUAAGCUAAGUUACAGAACUGGCCUUUUCAAUUAAAUUCAGAAACAAAAUAUUAGUUUUAAUCUUAAUCAAAUCAUCAGAUGUCCCUUUAAGUGGAAAAUGUUCUCUAAUUGUAGAUUUACCUUCAUAAAUGAGCAGUUAUCAAAUAUAAGUUUAGAACAGUUAUAUUAUAGUAAUCCUAAAUCCCAGUGACACCUUGAUCCACUGAUUACCAUCAGUCAUCAGUAUCAUGGGAACUGCAAUUCUCAGUAGAAGUAUGGAUUAAUAACCUCCAAACUCACACGAUUUACUGUUAAGGUCCAGGCCAACUCCAGGUCAUUAAAUUAUUCACAAAUUAAGUCAGGAAACAAAUUUAUAUUAAGAUGCUUUUUCUAACUGACAUUGGGGGACUGGUAACCAAAAGCCCAAAUGGUAUGAGUCUGAUACACAGAUCCAGAGGUGUUAUAGACAGUGCUCACCCUUUGUGAAAUAUCCUCUAAAUAUUUUCAGGUAUUUUUUUUUAUUUUUUUUAUGCAGCACUGUACAAUGUGAUACCACACCAUAUAAACCAGGGUUGUACAACUGAUCAUGCAGUCAUGUAUUUCCCAUAAUUCUCUGGAGGACAGAUAAUUAUGGGAAAUGUACU